AUGUCUGAAGCCGUCAGUGCACCGAAGCAGUAUAAGCAGCCUUCUCGCAAAGGCAAGAAGGCCUGGCGCAAAAAUGUCGAUAUCGAUGAGGUUCAGGAAGGCCUUCGGGUUCUGAAGGAAGAAGAGAUCAAAGGUGGUCUUCUUUCUGAGAAGCCGUCCGAUGAGCUGUUCGUUAUCGACACCAAGGGAUCAUCAGAAAUCCGUGAAGCGUACAAGAAGAAGCACAAGCCUUUGAAGUCGGAAGAAAUCUUGGCGCAACGCUCCGCUAUCCCAGGUCUCGACACACGCAAGCGCACAAACUCCAAGGUUACCGACGGUGUUAUUGAGCCGAAAAACAAGCGUCAAAAGAGCGACUGGGUUACGAGGAAAGACUGGUUGCGUUUGAAGCAGGUGGCUAAGGAAGGGAACCCGGUCAACAAGCCCGCUGAAAAUGACCUAUACGACCCUUGGGGAGAUGCAGAGGAUCCCACGCCCUUGGACGAUCCUCAGUUCGACUUCCUAGAGAAACCGAAGCCCAAGGUAGAGCCGGUCACCUUGAAGCAGGCUCCGAUCUCACUCGCCGCAAAUGGCAAGCCGGUUCCUGCGGUCCGCAAGCCUACUGCCGGAAUCAGUUACAACCCGACGUUCGAGGACUGGGAUCGGCUGCUACAGGAGCAGGGAGAGAAGGCCGUCGAAGCUGAGAAGAAGCGUCUGGAGGAAGAGCGUAAAGAAGAAGAAAGGCAGCGCUUAAUCGCCGAAGCCCAAGACGAUGAUGGUAUGGUGAAGUCCGAUGAUGAGAGUGCGUGGGAAGGAUUUGAAAGCGAAUAUGAGAAGCCGGACUGGCUGAAUAAGAAGCGUCCGGAGCGGAAGACAAAGGCACAGAGGAACAAGAUAAAGAGACGCAAGGAAGCAGAGAGGCAGGCCAGGUGGGAAGAGCAGAUGAAGAAGAAGGAAGAGCAGGCCGCAAAGGCUAAGGAGGCCGCCGAACUUGUGGAGGCACAGCAGCUUGCUCGUGCCGAGGAAUCUGAGGACAGCUCUUCGGAAGAGGGUGAUGAUACCGUUUUGCGUCGGAAACCGCUUGGUGGAAAGCUAUACGCUCCUGAGAAGCCUCUGGAGGUUGUGUUGCCAGACGAGUUGCAGGAUUCUCUGCGUCUGCUCAAGCCCGAGGGCAACUUGCUGGACGACCGAUUCCGCACUUUGGUUGUCCAAGGAAAGCUGGAGUCUCGCAAGCCGGUGACGCAGGCAAAGAAGGCAAAGAGAGACGUGACAGUGAAGUGGUCUCACAAGGACUUCAAGGUUCCGGGUCUGUAA